UAAUGCUUUAGAACAUUUAUUUCCACGACAAUCUUUCUUAAUAAAAAUGAUUUUGACAGUUUCGUAUUGAAAAUGAAUUCCAGUAAAUUUAGUCCGUGAUAGACCACAACUGUGAUGGAAACUAAAUUAAUACCAAGAAGAAUGAACACCAAGAAAUGCACAGUAGAACCUACCCCCGAGCCUCCACCAUCCGACCCUUGUAAGGAGCAAAGGAUCCAGCAGAAGAUAAAAGCUGGUAUCAAGAUAUGCCCGUCAUCCCCCAUUGAACCGCCAUCGCCGCCACCGCCGUGCCUUGCCCUUUGCAUCGAGAAGAUAAAAAACGUGCCAGUUGAAGUUUCCCAAGAGCCAGUCGUCUGCGUAGUUGAGAGAGAGGAAACUGGACAAGCUAGGUGUGACAAGAUAAAGGACAUAAAAGCAGCACACCCCGAUAAUUCCUGGCCGGGCUGUUUGCCCGCUCCGCCUCCACCCCCUGCCCCCGAACCAGACCUCUGUGAAGUGCAGGCGAGGCAAGCCAAAAUAAAAGAGUGCGAGGAACGAAUGAAAAGAUAUAAAUUGUAAACAUGGACAGACUAAAAAAAUCUAUUAGCUCAAACCUGGAUGCGUUAAUAGAAAAGUUUCGGACGGA